AUGGCGAAUUCACAAGCACCUCGAAGGUUUUGGGCACCCCCGCGUGCAAAGGAACAAUCGUUGGAUGCCUUUUUGAAAGAGAACAGGCCUUCUUCCGUCCAGAGAUCCUACGACGGUUGGAUAUGGGUGGUGGGUCCGCGCAGAUCACUGAUCCAAGAAGCGGCGCCCAUCAGUGAAGAGGUGCUGCUCAAAGCAAGGAGUAUGGUCAAAACUCUCGAAGAUGAGAUUCGGAGCAUAGAUGUCAGUGCGAUCUUGACGAGAUCAGUCGCUUGAGAGGAGUAUGUAUGCGCGCUCAAAUAUUUCUCGAUCUUUGCAGGAUGAUCCGAAUAUUCCUGUACGAGGGCGCAAGGGUGUUCUGAGUAAGAAGCAAAGAAGGGAAAAGGCGCAAGCCGAUGCUGAUCUAAAGUACAAGCUAGCCGAGUUGGCUGUCAGUUCUGGAUUCAGCGUCGGCAAGUGGUAAGUCGAGUGUCCGUCGCUUCAUCAUGAGUCAGAUGCGCGUAGAAUCAAUAGCACUCUUACUGUCUCUUCAGGCUUUUCUUCCGGCGCGGCACGAGCGUCGAUCUCUUAUUCGCAACGCUCGCCAAGUCGAUCAGCGAUGGACCCCUUUCGAGAUUGAAGGCCGCCGUUACGACCGUCAAAGCUGCCGUAUUACCGCAGCAGGAGAGUGAGGAGCAGGUCGUUUGCUUGUACUUUGACGAUUUCUUCGAUCAAGACACGGCGCGAGAGGUGAGCCUGUUGGCGUGACGCCAGCUCCAGAAGAACCUCCGUCACCAGAGUCGCUGAACCGAUCCGCUCUUUGAAACAGAUUCUCACCUGUGUCAUCAAAGAACAUGGUCAGUAGGCACGCAUUCACCGGGAUCCUGAUGGUCGGUCUGACACGCAUCUCCCGUCCCAGGCGUACUGCCCGCCGCCGCAAAGGUGAGGGUGCUGCAAAUACACACAGUGGAGCUCACGCGCUGAUCUCUUCUUUUCUUUGUAUAAUCGCAGUCUGACUUGUACACCGAGCUUGGCAUCACCUCGAAGCACCCGACCGGUCUAAGGAGUACUGAAUACCAGUGAGUGUGGUUCUAUGUCUCUGUGCGAUCGGCAAGGCUGAUCAUGUCACUCCGCAGGCCCAGGGAGCUUUUGAUGCAAUCUCAGAUUGACGAUUGGCAGGCUGCAUACAACAAAACGCGCGACGGUGGUGUCAAGGUCCGUAGCAAAUACGACCAAGUCAACGAGGCUGGUUUCGAAGAUGAUGGAUCUGAGGAUGCAGACAAUGACAACGCUCGCAAACCAGUCGCAUUGUCCUCACCAAGCAAGGAGACGUCUGCCCGGCUUGAAGCACGACCGCUUUCAAGCAAUGCAGCUUCUCCUGCGAAGUCGCCAAUUCUGGCUACCUCAACAGACGCAGACGAAGACAGUGUGACGGAAAGCGAAGACGAGAAUGAGGUAUGUUCUUGUCCGGUUACUGAGUCUCCGACGCAUGCGAUGAUCUGAAUGGGCCAAUGCUUAUAACCCGCCAAGCCUCGAGGGAAAGUCACCGUUUGGCCAAAAGAAGUCGCCGCGACCGACGGUAGCGCAAAACGUUCUGCGGAUAACAAUGGCAGAUCUGCACCAACAGCAGCCCCCCCAAUCAAGAAAGCCAGGGGCGCUAACAGUCGCAAGGCUGUCUUUUGA